AUGCUCGGUCUGUGCCUUUACGUCCCUGUGUCUAACUCGGACCCCAUUGAAGUGGAAUAUUUCGAGUCUAAUGGACUACCGUCGGAGCUGAAGUCUGUCUUCAACAAACUGAGCGUGUUCCUGCCGUCCCAGGAGUUCUCAGCCUACCAGAAAUGGCGAAAGAAAACCUUAAAGAGGAAAGAAACUAACUCUGAUGGACAGCUGGACUUUGAGGAGUUUGUUCACUAUCUGCAAGACUAUGAGAAAGACCUGAAGCUUGUGGUGAAGAGCAUCGACAGGAAGAAUGCAGGCCCCGUUGAUCCUAAGGAGUUCAUGCAGUCUCUUCAGGACCUUGGUGUGCAUAUUUCCCCACAGCAUGCGGAAAAAGCGCUUAAGAGCAUGGACAAGAAUGGAAUGAUAACGAUUGGCAGUCAAGACUGGAGCAACUACCCCAUGGUGGAGAAGACUGAGAACAUUCCUGAGAUCAUCCUCUACUGGAAACACUCCACGAUAUUCGAUGUGGGUGAGAACCUGAUGGUGCCUGAUGAGUUCACUGUAGAGGAAAAGCUGACUGGGAUGUGGUGGAGGCACCUGGUUGCAGGUGGAGGAGCUGGUGCUGUUUCAAGGACCUGCACCGCCCCCCUGGACAGACUUAAAGUCAUGAUGCAGGUCUAUGGAUCACGAACCAACAACAUGUGUAUCAUGAGCGGCCUGACGCAGAUGAUCAAAGAGGGCGGUAUGAGGUCAUUGUGGCGGGGCAAUGGAGUGAACAUCAUCAAAAUUGCUCCAGAGUCCGCCCUGAAGUUCAUGGCGUAUGAGCAGAUUAAACGUUUAAUCGGCAGCGAUAAGGAGACUCUGAGCAUCUUGGAGCGAUUUGUUGCCGGAUCUCUGGCUGGAGUGAUCGCCCAGAGCAGCAUCUACCCCAUGGAGGUCCUGAAAACUCGUCUUGCUCUGAGAAAGACCGGGCAGUACUCCGGUAUCUCAGAUUGUGCAAAGCAGAUUUUCAAGAGAGAGGGACUUGGAGCAUUUUAUAAAGGCUACAUCCCCAACAUGUUGGGUAUCAUCCCCUAUGCAGGCAUUGACCUGGCAGUGUACGAGACUCUGAAGAACAACUACCUGCAACAGUACGGCGCCAACAGCACCGACCCCGGCGUGUUUGUUCUGCUCGCCUGUGGCACCGUGUCCAGCACCUGUGGUCAGCUCGCCAGUUAUCCUCUGGCUCUGGUUCGCACCCGCAUGCAAGCACAAGCUGCGACAGGGGGCAGCCAGCAGGUGACAAUGACUGGCCUCUUCAGGCAGAUCCUGCAGACAGAGGGCCCGACGGGGCUCUACAGAGGCCUGGCCCCUAACUUCCUCAAAGUCAUCCCCGCUGUCAGCAUAAGCUAUGUGGUGUACGAGCGCCUAAAGACACAGCUUGGAGUGACAUCGCGCUGAAACUCACUCUCUGAUUGUCACGUGACUGUAAACCUCGAAUGUGACAAGUACACCCUCCCCCCCCCCCCUUCUUUGCCAGGGUUAAUGCUAGGGAAUCCCAGGGACCGUUUGGGCCCCUAUGGUGGUUCGUGGAGUCAUCUCAUUCUGUGAAUGUCAGCUGACGAAAGACGAGGAAGGACACUGAAUGUUGGAAAGGCCAAGGUGAAAGAUAUGGACUCUGUGAGCUCGUGUGGUUGGGAACGUGACCGCUGCUAUUUCUGUUUUUAAAGGAGUUGUGUUAAGAGGUGAAAAGCGAAACGCCAGGAAUACGAGUGAUUGUUAAAUUUAAGGACCAACUGUUUUUGCUCUUUCUGCCAGAUUGUGUUUUGGUGUCUGAGCAAAAGUUUUUUUGUUUUUGUCUUUUUUUUUUUUUUUUUCGGUUGGUUUGACAUUGCAUGCUUUGGUCAGUCAGUAAAACGAGCAUCACCAGCACUCUUGUUUAGUAACUGUAAUGAAGACAAUUCUCCUGUAGUACUUUUUUUAUACGGCAGAACCAGCAUUACAAAGCUUUAAGAAGUUUUACUCUUUAACAGUUCUGCCUGUAAGGAGAAAAUGAUUGUGUUCCUAAAUGAGAGGAUUUUGCACAUGUGAGUUUGAUUUCUCUCCACCCUUGUCCUGAAUGAGUGAAUGGCUGACAAUGGAGUAUUUAUUUCCAUCUAUCCUGUAUUUAUUGUUUUUAUUGUCUAGGAGAGAGAGGGAGGUAUAACGCUGCAUGUUUCCUGUCUGAAGAGCCAAAUGUGCAAUUUUAAAAUGCAGUGUGACUAUAUUCAGGGUGGAAAUCUAACACCAGGCAACAGCCUUAACAUGUGGCAAUCGAACACUAAAUGUAGUUGUCUGAGUCAAUGUGGUGGAGCAACUAAAAAAUAACUUUGUUCGUGCAAACUGCUUCAGAUUAUAUCUGUAUUUGCCCUCUUUGGAGGUAUAAAUGUCCUAAAGUUCACAUCAGGUUAAGGACAGUUUAUUGUUUAAUUCUUAGAAGAGCACACUGUUUUUUUGUUGUUGUUGUUUUUGUUUAACAUUUAUACUCUGAAAAACAAGGGCUUGGAAAAGAUGAACAGCAUAAUGCACUUUAAUUGAUACUGGAAGAGCCUCUGAAUGUCAUAUCAAUCCAGAUAUUAAGAUGAAAUUCUUUUGUAAAGAAUAAAUUUUAGUAUUGUUUUAAUGGACCAUUUUGAUGCAAAUAAAUGCAAGUUCUAUAAAUGCA